GGUCAAAUUUCACAUUAUCUACUCUCCUCUUCAAAUAUUUACUACUAAUAAAUUAGUGUUCAUAUUUUGUUUGAUUUUGAUAUUGAGGUAUGGCUAAUUUGUUAGCUGUUGAGAACUGGACAUUGAUCGACGGUUGUGAUGAAUUGAGCAACUUUGACGUGUCACAAAUCGACGGUGACAUUGUUAUGUCUUUACUUGAUGACAUGCAUGGUGAUGAUCAUCACGAUGAUGAGAGAUUAACGAGUGUUAUUAGAUCUCUUGAAGCUGAAAUUGAUCAAAGUCAAUCUCGUUCUACUAUUAAUAAUGUAGUAUCUGAAUUGAUAGUAAGGGUUCACGAUCACGACUCUUUCCAAGACAAGCAAAAGAGAAAUUAUGAUGGUGACAAUUUGCAAUCGCGGAAUAUUAUUGGUCAUCAAUAUCAAAACAAAGAUUUUGUUGAAUCAAAUGAUCUUGAUUUUAGUUGGAUGGAGAUGGAGAUGGAGAUGGCGUCUUCGUACCCUAGCGGUGACAUAAACUUGUGGUACUUGAACAAUAAUUGUGAACAAGAUUACAAGGAGGUUGCUGGUGGGAUUUCUGGUUACUCUGAUACUAUUUUCUUUGAGGAAAAUGAUUAUCAUUCUUUAUGGCAAGAACAAAAUGUAUAAAGUUUUUCUAGAUAUAAAUUUAAAUUGGUGUAAAAAAAAUGUCGAUACCUAAAUUAGAUAUUUCACUCAUUAUAUACCGAGUUUAAUUAUAUACAUCUGUCUUUUAA